CAUACAAGCUGACAGGAUUUAUCCAACAGAACAAAUCCAGAAAGAUGAGUUUGAAAAUAGCCGUUUCUGUUUGCUUGGCUAUUAUUGCCUUGGAUUCAGUUUUAGGGGCUCCUCAUAGCUCUCACAAAGAACAAGAUCUCAGGAAAAGUUUUGUUGAGUUCUUGCAACAAGAUAAAGAGUUGUCUUCGUUGUUAGAAAAAGCGAAUCUCGGAAGUUAUCCUUCGUUGUCUCGAGCUGUAAGACAAGCCGAGGAAGACGAUGUUGAAACUGACCAAGACGUUGAUACUCCUAAACAAGAAGGAUUUUUUGACAGAGCGGCCAAAUUUGUAAUGGAAGUUUUGCAGAGGUUUCUCAAAUGGGUUAAUUCAGACAAUUAAAGUGGGCAUCAGAGAAGCUGUUAAAACUUAUAUUUUGAAUGCAUUGUUUGGCUAAGUAAUUAUGUAUAAAACCACUUCUAAAAUAAAUUUUUUCCU